UGGUGGCGCCGCCGCGAGUGUUCGACGCGAGGCUGGACGUUUACAAAGACGAAUUCUUCCGUGAAGAAAAUCAAAAAUUUCCCCCAUUUCUACGAUAUUUUCCGUGAAAACGCGUUCAUUAAUGUGUGACGGGGUGACGAAUGUGUUGUGAUUGUGUGUGAAAUAGCCAGAAAUAUGUCCUCCCUCUCUGCAAGUGCGGAAAAUCUAACAGACACCCAGACCAACGAUGGCUCUUCCAUGUGUCUCGAGCUGGCCCUCGAGGGCGAGAGGCUCUGCAAAAGUGGCGACUGCAGAGCAGGAGUCGCAUUCUUCCAGGCUGCCAUCCAGGCGGGAACUGAUGAUCUCCGGAUUUUGAGUGCCAUCUACAGCCAACUGGGCAACGCCUACUUCUACCUGGGCGACUACGCCAAAGCCAUGGACUUCCACAAGCUGGACCUCACGCUGGCGCGCUCCAUGAACGACAAGCUGGGCGAGGCCAAGUCAUCGGGCAACCUGGGGAACACGCUGAAGGUGAUGGGGCGCUUCGACGAGGCGGCCAUCUGCUGCGAACGACACCUCACGCUAGCGCGGCAGCUGGGAGACCGCCUGAGUGAGAGCCGAGCGCUGUACAACCUCGGCAAUGUGUAUCAUUCCAAGGGGAAGCACAUGGGACAGCGCGAUCCGGGCGACUUUUCCGAUGACGUGAAGGAGGCCCUCAUGAAGGCCGUGGGAUACUAUCAGCAAAACCUCGCCCUAAUGCGUCAGAUUGGGGAUCGCGGGGCUCAAGGCCGAGCCUGUGGCAACCUGGGCAAUACUUACUAUCUCCUCGGAGACUUCCAAGCGGCAAUCGUCCAUCAUCAGGAGCGACUCAGCAUUGCGCGCGAGUUUGGCGACAAGGCGGCUGAGCGACGCGCCAACAGCAAUCUGGGAAAUUCUCAUAUCUUCCUCGGGCAGUUCGAAUUGGCGGCGGAGAACUACAAGCGGACGCUGUCGCUGGCCAUUGAGCUCGGCGAGCGGGCGGUGGAAGCUCAGGCGUGCUACAGCCUGGGCAACACCUACACGCUGCUGAAGGACUUCUCGCUCGCCAUCGAAUACCACCAGAGGCAUUUGGCCAUCGCCCAGGAGCUGGGCGACAAGGUGGGCGAGGCCAGAGCCUGCUGGAGCCUCGGGAAUGCGUACUCAGCCAUCGGUAACUACGAGAAAGCCCUCCACUACGCCCAGUCGCACUACAGUUUAGCCACAGAACUCGGCGAUCCUGUUGGUGAAUCCACGGCUCGCAUGAAUAUCACGGACUUGCGGAAGGUUCUGGGAUUGCCUGAAAUCACACCCACAGACUUUGAUGCCAUGUCAUCGGACAGCCAGCGGUCCAAGUCGUCGCCCGAGGAGCAAGAGACUGCACAGACGGUGCGCCAAUAUCGGGUACGAAGGCAAAGCAUGGAACAAUUGGAUUUGCUUAAGCUGACGCCGGACGGGAAGAAAGUGGAGCAUCACACGAAGAGCGAGAGUGGUACAAUUAUGCAGGAGGACGACUUCUUCGAUCUCCUGACGAACUCGCAGAGCAAGAGGAUGGACGAUCAGCGGUGCACGUUGAAGGUGGCCGGCGGAUCUGUGUCGGUUGUGGAGGGCGCGAUGCGGAAGCCGCUGACAGCGCAGAACAGAAACCCACCGCAGACGAAGGACAACAGGAAUGCGCUGCUGGAGAUGAUCGCGGAUCUGCAGUCGGAGCGAAUGGACGAGCAGCGAGCGACGUUGCCUGGACUGGUGAAUCGCGCUGGGCUGGCGCUGAAGCCGCCGCCGGGUGCGACGGGUGUGGCGCCGGAUGACGCGUUCCUGGACAUGCUGAUGCGGUGCCAGGGCUCGCGACUGGAAGAGCAGCGGUCGGAGCUGCCGCGGCCGGGCGAUAUUCUGGAGGACAGCGAGGAGGGCACUCGCAGGGGCCGGUCAAACAUUGGCGCCACCGUACCUGAUGAGGACUUUUUCUCGCUGAUCUCGCGCGUCCAGGGCGGACGGAUGGAGGAUCAGCGCGCCGCUGUGCCACUGGGAGUGUCCAGGCGUCUCGCGAUGCCCAACAACGUCCACGUUCAGCCACCAAAUGCCACCACCAAGGAGCCUGGCAAGAAGAAUUGAAUCACUUACCAUUUAUUGUCCCUCCCUAGCGCUUAGAUUUUAUCUUCCUCGAGUGUGAUCAGAAGCACACACUCAAUAUCACCUCGAGAUUGUGAACUCAAGAUUUCUUUUUAGUAUAGUGACGAAAAGUGAGAGAAAAGAGAGAAAAUACUUACUUCACUUACUUAUUUACCAAGUGAAAACUGAUCCAAUACAGAAGAAACGUUUUAAUUUAAAAUGCAUUUAUAGCCAAAAUACGAUUUUUUUUUCUCUCAUUUAGCGAAUGAACAAAUCUUUUUUAUCAUGAAUUUUCCCUUUUUAUAUACUUUUUACUCUUAAACAAAUGAUAUUUUACAAAUGAUUUUACUCCUCAAUAGAAAACAUAGUAGAGACAGAAGCUCUCAAAAAGCCAAAGGAUAGAGAAUUUUGUCAGAAACUAUAUUUCUCCGGUGAUUGCAUGACGGGGAAAUGUUCAGAAACCUUUUAUUCCUUGUGAAUAAAGAAUUUUUAAAGUGUUGACUUUAUGCAGAGUCUCUGAGGAUUGUCUGUUUUAUCUGAAAUUUCACUUUUAAGACAAAUAAAAAAGCUAUAAAUUUUAUCUACAAA